AUGUUGGUACUAUUUGAAACACCGACAAUUUUCGCUCUUUUCAAAUUUCUCAAUGAAGGAAAGCUUUAUGAAGUUCUGAAUUUAUCUCUGGAUUUUCCCACUGCUGGUGUUGCAACAAAGGUGGUCAAGUUGAAAGUGUUUUCUAAGUUUGAGAAUAUAGGAGAAGUUCUUGAGGUAGAUAGUUGUUUGAUUGAUGGAAAAGCUAGCAAGGGUCUGCACGCUAAUUUUGAUCAUGAGAUAUUAGUCGUAGCUGAUUCAAAGCUGGGGAAUAUCAUUAAGGAAAAAUUGAAAAUCGACUGUGUUCACAACAAUGUUAUUAUGGAACUAAUGUGA